CUUUCUUCAUAGUGUUUGCAUUAGAACUCUUCCUUCACAUGCAAGAAGAGAUCUAUUUCUAUCAAAUUUUCAUCUCUCUACUUUGAAGAUCAUUCAAGAACAUUAUUUCUGUAGUCCCUACAAGUCUGCAACUCCAGUCCAAGCAUCAUGGCAUCUUAUGGAACUCAGCCUGAUGACUCAAAGGACUCAACACAAAAGAUGCGCAACGACUCAAUGCCCAGGUACCUCCUCCGAUUUGUCAGAAACCUCAGGUAUUUCGGAUUAUACUACGCGCUCAUUCUGUGGAAUAUACUCUUCAUAAGCUUUGUUCCCUGGAGCAAAGUUUCCUUAAUUCUCUUGGUGAUCAUCACAAUUGUGACAUCCUUGCACCUAACAUUACUGCUGCGUGCACUGCCUAUUUCUGUUGUGCUACAUAGAAUUAUUGACAAAAGACUAGUAGUAUUACUGUCCUUGCUAGCCAUUGUAAGUGGGGUUGAGCUCAUUUUGACAAGGGCAGCUAUACAACUUCUUAUUAUUUUAACUUGUGGAAUUCAAAUCCUUUGGGUUCAUGCGUUUUUAAGGAUUAGUGAUGAUCCUUCUGUGGACGAGGAGGCUUUUGCUGCUGGGGAAUUGGUUCCUCUUGUACAUGGGAAAACUGGUGAUGUUGAUAUUGAGUCUCAAGCUUCUGUUUGAUUGAAUGUUUUUUACCAUAGAUUUUGAUUGUCAUUAGA